GUAUCACUGGAGCUUGUAAGGAGGCAAAACACAACAAAGAAUCAGUCGGUUUUACGAAUCCAACGCGAACAGACGCUACACGUAUUAAAAUAAUAAAAUAAAUAUUAUUACUGAAUUAAACUAUUAUAAAAUAUAAAAAAAGUUUGUUAACUUAUAAAUCUAUUUGGAGGAAGAGAAUAAUAAAAGUUUUCAAGAUGUUUUCGACGAAGAAAAGUUUGGACAAGAUUCUGCAAAUCUACAAGAAGGAGAUUCGUCGGCAAAUCAGCAAGACGACCAGCGUAACCAACUCCGAUGCCAUGGUUCCGAGGCUUGACCAGCCGUCAUCGAAGCCAGCUCAGAACGACGAAACUGGUCUGCCUAAGAAGCUUUUGAAAUUGCAAAAAUAUCACAGAUACCUGUCGACCCUGACUACCCAGGAAAUGCCGAUGGCUACCCGAGGACUGGCCGUGUCGAAGGACCAGUCCCGGGAGUUCAUGGCUUGCUUCCCGGACAUCGUGCGGGACCUCACUGAGACUGGCAAGCACAUUGAUGUGCCAGAAGCCAGCAAGUGGUUGGCUAAGCUGUUGCAAUACAAUGUGCCGAACGGUAAAAAGAACAGAGGUUUAGCGACAGUGCUGGCUUACAAAAUGCUCGAGAAGAAAGAAAACUUGACACCCGAGAACAUUCACCUUGCUAAUAUGAUGGGAUGGUGCGUCGAAAUGUUCCACACCCACCAAUUACUGCUGAGUGAUAUCAUGGAGGGCACGGAGAUGCGUCGUGGGGCGCCCUGCUGGUACAAACAUCCAGAGGUCGGCCUCACAGGGAUCAACGACGCCUCUCUAGUCCAAUCAGCCAUGUUUUCAACCAUCAAACGUCACUUCCACAGCAAAAUGUACUACAAAACCGUCCUUGAGACGUUUAAUGAGAUGCUGAUAAAAUGUUCGAUCGGUAACUUCCUAGAAUUCCAAAUGAACAAAACGGAUAAGCCGGACCUUACCCAGUUCACCAUGGAGAAAUACGAAGCCAUCACUAAGUACAAGACUUCCUACCAUACCUUCCAAAUGCCAGUCACUUUGGCUCUGCUCAUGACCGGAGUAGAGGACCCUGAAACACAUAGACAAGCGAAAACAAUACUGCUAGAGAUGGGCGAAUUUUUCCAAAUUCAAGAUGACUUCUUAGAUUGCUUCGGCGAUCCAGCUGUCACAGGCAAGAACGGAACUGACAUCCAAGAUGGCAAAUGUACCUGGUUAGCAGUGGUCGCUUUGCAGAGGGCGACACCAAAACAGAGGCAAUUUAUGGAAGAGAACUACGGCAGCUCCGACCCAGAAGCAGUUGCAAAGAUCAAGCAAUUGUAUGAGGAGCUCCAACUUCCCCACACCUACUCAGUCUUCGAAGAAGCUACCUACGAUCUCCUUAGGACACAAAUCCAACAAGUCACUAGGGGCUUGCCCCACGAACUAUUCUUUAAAAUCUUAGAUAACAUCUUCAGGCGAAGCGUUUAGACUGUGUAGCUAUAAAUAAAUAUAUCGGUUAAGUUAGUGACUUAGAAAGGUGCAGAAACCUAGUAGAUGUAUAUUUGUAAAAGGUAUACUGAAGUCCUCGAUAAAAUUGACGCGCCGAAUGAAGAAAUAAAGAUGUCUGGAGUGCCGUCAUUUUAUGCAUGAGCGCUGGGUGUGAAUGCACUGUAUUUAGAUUUUUUAUUAAAAGCUGUGAGUCGAAAUUUGUCUAUGCUAAGGCCCCACAAAUCUGUGGUCGGAUGAAGAAAGACCAUCGGGAGAAUAGGAGGAUAAUAGUUGAUUAGGAAUCACGAGUUUGUAACCCGUAAACUUAAAUAAUAGUAAUGUUUUUUAUCUUAGAUUUAG